UUUUUGGUCCCCUCAACACAAAUAGACAUUUUGUUCUUGUCCGGUCCGUCGGUCCUCCAUCCUGCACCACUGACAAGGGAAAAUGAGACUGGAAAGUCUAGAGGCAAUAUUCCGGCCAACACAUGGUGCAAAACCUGUGACUUCUAGAUAAAUAACAGUAAAAAGAAACUAGAAUGGCUCGACAAAUUUCAACAGCUGUGUCCGACUUGGUGCUAGCCUUGUCUGUAUUCUAUGUAGUGUAUUAUACCAUCUGGUUCAAUUUCUUUGCUGCUAUUGGUCUUUUACUCCAAGGUAUAGCUGCCUCUGCUGGAGUGGCCAGAUUCAGUCAGUCGAGACCAGAUCCAAAAAUCAUCAAAGGUCACAAGUUCAUGUCAUGGAUAGCAACAGUUGCUGGGAUGUCUUUGGUUGCCACAGGAUUCUGCCAGUACACACUACCAUUUCUGAUGAAUUUGAAUUUUAUGUUUUUCAUUGCUGUUCUAAUUGUUGGUCAGUUUUUGGAACAAGCUCAAUCAGCCCUUGCCACACAGGCCUGUAGCGGUUUUGCAAUGUUGACAAUAAUAGCAUGUUCUGUAAAGACAAUGAAUUUGUAUGGAGUGAUUGCAGCAGUGAUUUAUAUUGCUGCAGGAGCAUUUAUCGGUGUGGAUGGUUAUUAUUCUGGUAUUCCGAGAGUUGAUCUCUUACACUAUGCUUUAGUUUUGGGAAAUAUAUUCUUUUUGUGGGCUUUGAGAUAAAUAUUGUGACUUACAUUAACUAAAGCACAAAAUUAUUAUUUGAAUUACUUAAUCUCUACUGCCUAGAACUUUAUUUAAUAUUAGCUCACUUUGAAAGUCUAUGGGGAUACUUGAUUGAAUGUCCUGAAAUUGAAUUCUCUGAAUUCCAAAAAUAUUGGCAAUUGAGUUAAAAGGGGUAUUUUGGUCUACAACACAUUUGUCGACUGCUCAACAAGAUAUCUUAACCAACGAUUCUACUCUCACCCACCUCAGUUGUCAGAACUUUAACAGAAAUGAAUUCUGUCAAUUUCGUGACUUUCCGGACUGACAACCAGGCAUCCCCAUUGUGUCACAAGAUUAAUUCCAAACUAAGGAUGGUAUUGUAUUGUAGUGCUCACACAAAUAUUCAAAUACAAAUAGCUAUGCAAACUGAUUUUUUUCAAUGUUUAUUAAAGUUGCAUUAUGUAAGAUUUAGCUAAAGAGCUUGAAUUUCUUGCUGUAAUAGGUCAAAAAUAGAUAAUGAAAAAUGAAUAUAGUGAAAAUGCAUGUAUCAUUCAAAUUACUUUAAUCUGAGCAAAGUUAUGACUGUUUAAAGAUAAAACAUAGAUUAUUCAUUAUCGUACUGUAGCAAGUAGCAACGAUACUUGACAACCAAGACUUGACAGCCUUGAUUGUGCAUUUAAUUGUUAAAUUUCGCAGGUGUUUAAAUUCAUUAAAACUCGGCCAUCCGAUGAUCUAAAGAGUUGAUUAUAGUAUCAUUAUAGGCUUGCCAAUGUCAUGUUA